AUGGAUUUGUUGCAGUGGUCGAACGGCGUCAAGCGUCAUGCUAUGGAUAACGUGAAUUGUACCGACUGCGGCAUGUGCGUCACGUUGAGCUGGGUGGUUGUUGACUUCGUAUCGCGGAAGUCGAGCAAAAAGGCCCGUCGCUAUGUGGAAGUAGUACAACCGUCAGCUUCGGCCGUCGCGGAUACAUCGAAAGAUCUGGAUGAGUCGGACGCGAGUGAAUCGGAGUUUGAGAAAGAAGAGGACUGCCUUGUCGAACUUGUUCGGUCUGUCGGCGGAAACGUCGAUGGAAUAAAUAAUUGGAGAGGCGAUGAUGAAAUUGAUGAGGAGUCGAGCGAUGAUGAAACGAUCGAAGACGAUGAUUCCGGCGAGAUCAAUCAAGUAAAUGUGGAUGCCGGAGAGAAUGUAUUGAAUAGUGACAAGGAGGAGCAUUUGGAAGAGGAGCGCGCCUCAGAAAUCGACGAAGAUGAUGAUGCCGAAAAUGUGGAUCAAGUUCAUUCGGAAAAUGGCGGAGAGGUUGCGAAUAUUUCUGAACCCGAUGACGAUGAAGAAAUUAUGAAUGAACUAGAAGAAGACGCGGAAGGAGAUCCAUUUUUACUUCGUUUUGAACAUGAUAUAUCCGAUACAGUUGUGGAAACCUUACAAGACUCUUCGAAGUGUACUCAAAGUGAGCUGCGUGUGCCUUCGUUGGGUCGCGUUUUGUUUAAAAAGUGUGUCUUGGAAGACAGUGAAGCCGAACGUUGUCCCACGAAAUCGAUGGGAACUGAAGAUGAUCUCGAAAAAAUUCUAAUCCAUACGCGUCGUAAUCUUCGGAAUCAUCUCAGUGAAACUAACCUGAACAUCGUCAAGGAUUCGCAGCAGCUCACUGCUAUUCAGAAACGAAUUUAUUCACUGAUUUCAUCUUACGCGGAUUUCUUGAUGACUGAUCGUAACAUUAACAAUACGGAGGAAGUGCGUGUCUCGUAUUGUUUGCACGUGUUGAAUCACGUACUGAAAACUCGUUCUCGUGUGAUGAAGCACAAUCGACGCAUUCAAGCAAAACGAGAAGCGUUGAGAAGGGAAAGGCUUGCUCAAGCCAGUGAAGGAAAAGUCGAGAAGAAGAAAUUUCCUGUUUCGGGAUCCGAUGAUGUUGAAUACCGAGAUCAAGGAUUUUUCAGGCCAAAAGUGUUAAUUUUGGUACCGUUCAGGGACAGUGCAUUGAGAGUGUGCAAUACUCUGAUGAACUUGCUGCUUGGCGACAUUUCGAAGAAAGCAGCAAAUGUCGUGAAUCGCAAGAAACUUGAAGAACGCUAUGGUUGGGAUGCUGAGCAAGUUGAAAGACUAGCAGAGCUCAAACCUGCUGAUUACACUGCCACAUUUUCCGGCAAUCCAGACGACGCAUUUUUGUUCGGUGUUGCCCUUACUAAGAAGACACUCAAGUUUUUCGCGAACAUGUAUUCGAGCGAUAUUUUAAUCGCUUCACCGAUGGGACUACGAGUGAAAAUUGGAGGCGAAGGAGAAAAGGACCGCGAUAUGGAUUUUUUGGCAUCGAUCGAAAUUUUGAUAAUGGAUCAAACUGACGUCUUUCUGAUGCAAAAUUGGAGUCACGUUUUGCACAUUUUGGAUCAUAUGCAUUUGACACCCUCACAGAACCGCGACAUCGAUUUUUCUCGGGUGAGAAUGUGGUCGUUGUCAGGACAUGCUGCAUUAUAUCGGCAAACGAUGAUUUUUAGUUCUGUACCGACAGUUGAAAUCUCGUCAGUGUUUAACAAAAAGUGCAAAAAUAUGACGGGAAAAUAUUCAACCGCAAAUUCGGUUGACGUUGGAUCGAUUAGUUCUGUUAUCAUCCCGAUUCCACAGACUUUUCGAUAUUUUACUGCCUCGAGUCCAUUGGAAGAUUCAAAAGAGCGAUUUCAAAUAUUUGUCGAAAAAGUCUUGCCGAGGUUCAGGGAUGCCGUAACGAAGCGAGUUUUAAUUUAUAUCCCAUCCUACUUCGAUUUUCUCACGGUGCGGAACUACUUCCGAAAGUCCGACUUGGAAUUCGCUGAAAUAUGCGAGUACACGGAGGAAAAGAAAAUCAAAUCUGCUCGAAAUAAGUUCUUCCGCGGAUUCCAGAAAUUCCUGCUGUUCACAGAAAGAUUUCAUUUCUUCCGUCGCUACAAAAUGAAGGGAAUGCAGCAUAUAAUUUUCUUUGGGUUGCCGACGUAUCCGCAUUUCUACUCGGAAAUGAUCAAUUUCAUGCAGGGACGCAUGUCGGGUGAUGGCGUGAAAGGGGAAAUGUCGUGCACAGUAAUUGUGUCUCAAGUGGACGCAUUGAAGCUGUCAGGCGUGGUGGGCACAGCAAAGGCCGCGUCCAUGUUACGUGACAAAAAAGAGUCCUACUUCUUAGGGUCAUGUAGUCGGCGGCUCCGCGUUGUGCCAGUUAUUGCCUCCCUCGCCAGGAGGACUACGAUAACAGAAAUGCUCUUGCGACAACAGUGUUUGGAAUCGCUGCGGCGGUCUCCAAGACUCAUGCUUUUCCAGUUAAAGGCUUUAAGGAAAAACCGGAAGGCGACGCACGAAAUCAUUUCAACCUUGCUUUCGCUCUCUGUAGAUUUUCAGCGUGGAGAACGUCCUCAGGUGAAGUUUCCAGAAGUGAUCAGAUUCUUGUUCCACUGGCUGCCGGAAAUAGAAUCAGUGCCGAUUCGAAUUUCCGUAGUCCGAUCUGUCGUUGAACUUGCCCGAAAUGGAUUGCACAGUGUGAUGCGAUUGUGCGCCAGUGGGCUGAUAAUGGACCUCAUUGCUUUGCUGUCGAGACCGGAAGCAAUUUACAACCCGGACAGUGCGGAACAUGAUGCCUUUCGGAAGCAUAUGGGCGUAGACCUGGAUAGUCCGAUCCCCUGCGGGAGCAGUGCGGAAGUUCUCGGAGGAAUUUUCACGUUGCUAAAAAUUCUCGGGUCACAUUCCAUUUCCGACCGGGAAUUGCGUGCCAUUUUUCUCAGGCUGCUUCGCGGGAAACGUGAUGUCACCCCGUACCCGUACAUAAGUCAAGUGCUGUUUUCAUUGGUGGAAAUGGCGAAACGGGAAGGAUUCAAGGAUUCUCAGUAUUUCUUCGAUAUCCAGCAUUCCCGAGAUGUGAUGAGGGUCGUUGGAAUAAAGCGCUGGCCAGGUUCGGGCAACAGCUACACAUUCCACUGUUGGGUUCGACUUGUCAGUGAGAAUUCAUCAGAAGAUACCGCUAGAUUGAAGCGCCGGUAUCUGUACAGCUUCCACGUGGGGUCGGGAGCAACAUUAUCGGGCUUCGAAGCCUUUUUCGGGCCGAAAGGGGUUUUGACGGUGUCUGUCUGGGAUUCGAAAGACAUGCAUUCAGCGAGUGUUCAUGAGUUCCCCUUGGGUGACGGACGUUGGCAUUGCGUGACUAUUUCGCACUCAGCUAAUUGGCGAAGUAUUCGGCCAUUCGCCCAGAGUCAGCUGUCUGUGUUCUUUGAUGGAGCUUUGCGACUCGUAUGUCCUCUUCGAUGUCCCGUGUUGAACCAGCCUUUGACAGAAGUCGUGAUCGGAGGAGCAGGACACCGCAACAGAUCGUAUGUAUCUGAAGAAACAUCCGCAAUGUCUUCUUGGAACCGGAAAUCUCAGGUGAAUGGUCAGAAUGACGUGAAAAAGCCGGAUGUUCCGGAGAAGUCCAAGGGCUUCUUCGGAAGUCUAGUUUCAGCGGUGCCAAGUAUUUUGCCUCAACUGCCUUCAGCUGCUCGCACAAAAUCUGCCAAUGAUCCCAACAUUCGUGUCUCUGGCAUACCGCACCUGCUACGAUACAAACCCCUGGGACACGGCGAAGCACCAGACCAAAUUGCGCCCACGUGUUCUCAGGCCGAUAUUUGGCGUCGUUGGCAAGCAUACACUGUGAUACAGGAGCUGAUACUGGAGGCAGUAGUAGUUCCUUUGACCCUGCUUUAUGUUGAAAAUUUCAGGACCAAAUUGCGCCCACGAGCUGAUACUGGAGGCAGUAGUAGUUCCUUUGACCCUGCUGGGAUUUUAUCUUCCUCCGCUUCGCCGAUGUCGUCAUCUAGUGAAGGUGAACUGGAAAUGAAACUUGUGUUUUGGUACGAUGCGAGGGUGACGAGUUCUGGGGAGAAGUUGUGCGUGGACUUGAGCCCUAAUCGGACUCAUUCCGCUCAUUGUUCGGCUCCUGUCUCCAUUUUGAUGAACAUUAGGGACGCGUUAAACAAAAUAGGAGGGCUGCAUGUCUUGUUUCCUUUAUUGGAGAAGUUACCGCACGAGCUUGACGUGGAUUUAAGUUUAGUGUCGCCUACUUCUGGAUCUGCUUUGCCGCCGGUUGUGAUGACUACUUAUAGUGGGCAUUUGGAAGAUACUGCAAGCUCGUUGGGAGAAUGGGAAAUGCUUUCUUCGCGUGACGAUGCGGAGUACGGCAAAGAUUCUUCGAAUCGAGGUUUUGUUAGAAAUCAAGCUGCUGGGCUCUUCUCGCUGAUCCGCAUCUUAUCUGCUGAAUCCCUGGUUUGUCUUGACCAGCUUUUAAGGUACAGAGCUAUUCCUGUGCUGGGGUAUCUCCUGCAAAAGCUUCCACCCGCGUUAGUGGACAUAAAUCUUCUGAUUUCAUUGGAGUUGUUCUGCGAGCAGUUGCGAGAUCAACGACGAGAUGCGCUUCUCGAACAGAUGUAUGCCUUCAUUUUGUUUGACUUCAGAAUUUGGACGAAUUGUUCAUUCAUUGUUCGUAUUGGACACUUUCAAGCCUUAUGUCGAAUAAUACACGAGAACAAAGUUUACUUUCGAAGGAACUUCGGGGUUCAGUUUUUGCUUGACGUAAUUCAUCAACAUUACAAACUUGUGGAUCGACUUUCUCCGGAGGACACUAAAGCAGUGAGAGCAGCUCUGAUCAAUCUCAUCAAGUAUUUCAUUUCUCGGGAUCCAACUGCUGCUGAAGUUUCUGCGAUACUUCGGUUUACCUUCUCUGUGCAUGAGGAGGAAGUUGUUAUGGACAUUCUUCAGAUGCUGUACGCAUACUUGGAAAGUAAAGCUGCGAAGGACCAGAUUUAUUUACUCCUUUACGAGAAUGGGAACGCAGAACUAUUUUAUGGACUGUUGAUUCAAAAACAUUUUUCUACCGAGUUCAAAGAGCUUGUUUGUCGGAUUAUGAUGGCAUUGUUGGGAACGGACAAAGUGCAAGAAAAGAACAAAACUAGGCUUCGACUAGGCGACGUGGGUUACGGAGGAUUCUUCUCGUUUCUCAAAGGACAGAUGUUGAGUGAAGGUGUUGCUGCUCAGUUGGUCAACCAAAUGUUGAUGAUCGAUUCACAAGGCUCUUUGUGUGGAGUAUUGUUGCUGACAGCUCAUCUUCAGCACGCCGAUCGCAUCGAAACGAAGCUGACGGUGGGCAGAAUUUUGCAGGCGUAUUUGCAUCAUCGAAUGCAGGCUACUUCCCGGAGUUUUGCGAGGCAAUCUGGAUGGCAAUACAGCGUGUGUUGCUUGUUCACGAAAUGCGAACGCCGCGAUUUGGGGGUUUCGAAAAGUGGACAAGAGGACAAAGAGAUUUCCGUCGCAUCUCCUUCCGCGUUCCUGAACAGUUUGUCGCUCGAUGUUGAAAAUGAUCCGGAUUUAAUGAGCUUUGAAUUGAUUGAUUCUGCAACGGGAAGAGGUCGUGUGGAUAUGGCGGCGGCCGCGUGGCAGAUGCUUCCUCAACAGCUGACGGAGAUUCGUGGAAUGGCUGAGACUGUCGGCUCUGUGGCGGUAACGAGCGUGAUAUCGGACAAUCUGGAAACUGUUACUUCGGCCGUCGUACCUGACAAAAUACAAUCCGCCGCCAGCAAUAUGAGCAAGUCCGUGGCGUCCAAGAUUUCGAACAUCAAGAGGAGAACAUUACAAGUUCAGGAAAGCGUGGAAGAAGUUGGCGAAAGCGUCGUUGCCAUUGGCGAAGCGGCUUUCAGUUCUUUGAGAAAAUCCAGAGAAAGUCCCGCAUCUUCGAGUCCAUCUUCUCCGUAUUUGCCGUCGAAAAUGCUUCUUGCUAGAACCAAAGACAGCAGCAAGGAUGAUGGAUCAAUAUUGAGUUUGCAACAAGAAGUGGACGCCUACGUGGAUUUCGGGGUACAUCUCAUUGCUUCCAUUAUGUGGGAAGGGAUUCCGACUGAAGGGGCCGCGUUCGACGAAGUCUGGAAGGAUCGAGGAGCUGUUUUUUGCUGCUUGAAAGAAUUGGCAUUGACGAAUGUUCUCUUUGCCCCCUUGCUGGAAGUCGAACGGAGAAUUCUGGAGAGAUUAAUUGAGCUGUGCCUGGAAACACUGAAAGAUCAGACGCAAAUCACACCAGAGCUGCGAGAAACGGGACACAUGAUGCUCAAGUGGGCGUAUCACCUGAUGACGCGAGAAGAUAAAUCAUUAUUUUCUUUCCGAGGCGACGCGAAGCAAUGUUUGAUUUACGGAUGUGCUUUAUCCGAACGGCUGUUGGACAAAGUCAUUUGUCUGCUGGAUGUACUUGGGAUUUUUGGCGACUCGCCGGAAGAGGAGAAUCGGGAUUUAACUGCAGCAGUUCUUGUGAAAAACACGGAGCAUUACAGCUUCUUGAUCCCGGUGAUGAAGGCGUUGUUGGACAAAGUUGGAUCUUUGGGGGCUCUACAUUUGCCUGCUUGGUUGCCAUCGCUGCCGACUGGCACCAACACGCCGUCGUUUGAUGAAGAAUUUCAACAUUAUUGCAUGAGUGGAGAAUGGCGAGAAUUUGUGCAGACCAAGAUAUGA